AUGGGUGCUGCUCCUUCCAAAAUUGUCGAUGGUCUUUUAGAGGAUACAAAUUUUGAUAGAGAUGAAAUUGAAAGGUUAAGGAAGAGGUUUAUGAAGUUGGACAGGGAUAGCUCUGGUUCUAUUGAUAAAAAUGAGUUUAUGAGCAUUCCUGGUGUUUCAUCAAAUCCCCUUGCCGGGCGUAUAAUGGAGGUCUUCGAUGCUGAUAAUAGUGGCGAUGUUGAUUUUCAGGAAUUUAUCACAGGACUAUCCAUCUUUAGUGGGCGUGGUUCUAAAGACGAAAAGUUAAGGUUUGCCUUUAAAAUUUACGACAUUGAUAAAGACGGCUUCAUCUCGAAUGGUGAGUUAUUCAUCGUUCUGAAGAUUAUGGUAGGUUCAAAUCUGGAUGAUGAGCAGCUUCAGCAGAUAGUAGAUAGGACAAUAAUGGAAAAUGACAGCGAUGGCGAUGGACGUUUAAGUUUUGAAGAAUUCAAAAAUGCUAUCGAAACCACUGAAGUAGCCAAGAGUCUAACAUUGCAAUAUGACGUUUGA